AAGGCACCUCCUCCGAAGAAGAGCAAGUGUGACCCUGACGUGCCUGUUCAGGAGAAGCGGGCCAGGAUAUUUCGUAAAAGGGCGCCACAGAGCUACCUGGAUGUAAGAGAACGGGCAUUUACACAGCGCUUGACGGUACUCUCGCGCGAGCGCUGCGGGACCGACGAUGUGCCUGAGGAGAAGGUUCUCAUCGCAGGCUCGACAGGCAACGUGUAUACAGUCUCGAUUGGACUCGAACCCUCAUGCGACUGUCCGCAUGCCAGAAAGGGCAAUCAAUGCAAACACGUUGUGUAUGUCAUGCUAAGAGUGUUGAAGGCGCGAGAAGAGAUUGCAUAUCAGCUAGCUCUUGUUAGCUCCGAGUUGCGCGAGGUCAUGAGGAAUGCGCCACCAAUCCCCGGCACUGAGACGGAGAAGCAGAGCGAAGACGGCAAUCGCAAACCCAUUGAGGGCGAAUGUCCCAUUUGCUACGACGACCUGGAUGCCAAGGAAGAUAUUGUGUACUGCAAGACGAGCUGCGGAAAUAAUAUACACAAGGUUUGCAUGCAGAACUGGGUGGCUGCAGCUAGAAACAAUGCGACGUGCCCGUACUGCCGUGCUAAGUGGGAUACAGACGCGGUGUUGGCGAGCAAAGUCGGCAAUAUAAAAACUAGUGGGUUGCAAAGGAACGAGGAAGGUUACAUCAAUGUCGCUUCUCAGCUGGGCUUGUCUGGUGACAGAGACUACUCGACGUACUAUGGUGGGCGACGGCGU